CUCGUCUUUGAUAGAUGCGAUAGGUGCAUGAUUAGUCGCGCAGGCAUAUUUAUCAACAAACUUCUCGUAAUCUAGGCCUACCGCACCUAAGGAGCAAGACUUUCUCGGAAAGACCUCACGUUACACACGGCAGUGACGUAUUAGUAAUUUUGAGUAUCUAACAGAAGUAAAGCGCCAUGCCUCAGGUCUAUCGGGCGAUUCGCCCGAUGUUUAAGACAGACCGGUGGCGCAUUUGCCGCGAUGACAUAGUUUACAUUCUUAGUGGCCACGAUAAAGGCAAGACUGGUAAAGUGCUAGAAAUCUUCAAGGACACGAAGGUGCCGCAAGUCAUCGUGGAGGGCCGCAAUAUGCGGAAGAAGAAGAUUCGCACCGGGCACGGCCCCGACGACUUUUUCGUCGUGACAAUGGAGGCCCCGCUGCACUACAGCCAGGUGCAGCUGCUGGACCCCAACACCAACAAGCCGGUGCGGGUGGUCUACAUGUACACACCCGAGGGGGAAAAGGUGCGAGUCCGCAAGGUUCCCAACCCCACCGUCAACGACAUCCUGCCCUCGCCCUCGGAGGAGGAGCCCGACCCGCGGGUCGGACUGGUGGGCCCCAAGGACACCCCCGCCCAGCUCGCCCGCCGCGCCUCCUACACCCCCGCCGCCGGCUUCCCCUUCCGGCCCCGGCUGCUGGAGAGCAUCUGGGCGGACAUGCACCCCCCCGAGCUGGAGGAGGAGGAGGAGCAGGGGCAGGCGAGCAGCAGCAGCAACAUUGGAGGGAGCAGCAGCAGGCAGCAGCAGCAGCAGAUGAGCGCGCGGGCAUACUGCACGGGGGCAG